AUGCCUAAUGAUGACAUAACCCAUCCCAUACCAGAUCUAACUGGAUAUAUAACAGAAGGACAAAUAUACAUAGAUAGACAUUUGUAUAAUUCAGGAAUAUAUCCACCAAUUAACGUGUUACCAUCACUUUCACGACUUAUGAAGAAUGCAAUUGGAAAGGAUAGAACAAGAAUCGACCAUUCAGAUGUUUCUAAUCAAUUAUAUGCAAAAUAUGCAAUUGGAAAGGAUGCUUUAGCAAUGAAAUCAGUUGUUGGAGAAGAAAGUUUAAGUGAAGAUGAUAAACUUUGUAUUAAAUUUUUGGAAAGAUUUGAAAAAGAGUUUAUAACACAAGGAAAAAAUGAAAAUAGAACUAUUGAAGAAAGCUUAAACCUGGGAUGGAACCUUCUUAAAACGUUUCCUAAAGAAAUGCUAAAUAGAAUUCCAAAGGAAAUUUUAGAGAAGUUUUACAAAGACAAAUAA